GUACUUACCUUGAGAAAAAUAGGAGUUUACAGGAGAGGGAGAAUUAAGUGAAUCUCAGUCUUUUGUUAUGAUUUGUAGAAUGCAAACGUGAUAUUUAACAUUUAGUAUACAAACAUUGAUAUGUCAGUCGGUUAUAGGGUGAUCAGAAGAUUCCAAAGGUAAAUGUUGAUCGUGCAAUGGAAACUAAUCGAAGGAUGACGCGCUCAGGGUUGUGUCUGAUGGUGGUGAUGCUGGCUGUCCUCACUGCUCCCACCACAACUCAAAAACCUGCUCUAGAUGACUUUUCAGUGUCAGUCCCUGAUGCUCCAAUCACGGCAUGGUCAGGCUCCUCUGUCUCUCUACCUUGUGAACUCUCACCUCUCUUCAAUGCGGAGCCAUUGGAGGUGCGCUGGUACCGGUCCGAGAACUCCUACAGUCCUGCCUUGUUGUACAAGGAUCACAAGAUCCAGGAGGCUCCUGUGGACCCUCGGUACAGGGUCAGGGUUUCUCUAACUGGGGGGCUGGAGAGAGGGAACGUGUCCCUGACACUGGAGAGGGUCACACUGGAAGACAGGGGGGAGUAUGUGUGCCGUGUAAGCAGCGAACAAUGGUUCGAUAAGGCCAGUGUAUUCCUCACAGUAAAUGGUAAGUGGCUGGGGACAGGUUCACAGAACAUAUGCCUUGUCCAAUCUUUUCAUGGUUGUAACAUGACCUCACACCCACCCUUUAUAUUUUCACUAGUAUUAGGUAGUAUCCCAGUUCUCUCUGUAGCUGAAGCAAGAGGAGGAGGAGGUCAGGUGAAUGUUACCUGUUCAUCAGAGGGAUGGUCACCACAACCUAAACUUUCAUGGAAAAACAAAGAGGGGACAGAGAUCAGAAAUGAACAAGAAGUACUCAACACCUCUGAUCCCCAGGGCUUGGUGAAUGUCAGUAGUUGGCUGCUGUAUGCUCCCUCAUACUCGGAUUGGCUGGCCUGUACAGUCUCUCUGUCUGAGGAGGCGAAGAGAGAGGGCAGGAUUCUGCCACAUACAUACACAGCUCCUACAGCUGCACCUGGAGUUUACAAAGAGGCCUUCAUUGUGACUCUGAUCCUGUUGGUCCUGUCUCUGGUCAUCAUCUGUGCUCUGUGCUCCGUCAUCCUGUGGAAACGAAGAGGGUCCAUGUGGUCUUCAUCCCAAAAGUCCAGAAACCGUUCAGAUCAAACUGAGCUGGGACAGAGGCUGGCAGAGACAAAAAACCUAAUUGAAGGGGAAGAAAACACAAUCCCGAGACCUACCGACCAGAGAGCAGCUGGAAAAGAAGUGAAUCUGGAAGAGACAAAAAACCUAAUCCAAGGGGCAGAAAACACAAUCCCGCGACCUACCGACCAGAGAGCAGCUGGAAAAGAAGUGAAUCUGGAAGAGACAAAAAAACGACUUGAAGGGGCAGAAAACACAGUGCCGACACCUCCCAAACAGAAAGCAGCUGGAAAAGAAUUGAAUCUGGAAGGUGCUCCGUUAGGGGCAGAAACCACAGUGAAGACUCCUACAGAACACAUUGCAUCUGGUAAAGAAGUUAAUCUGAAAGAUUGGCACCAGGUGAAAGGAUUCAAAGAGAACAUCAUUCUGGAUGAAAAGACUGCGCACCCUGCUAUUAGAGUCUUUCAAAGAAAGCGUGCUCGUUACAUUAAAGAAAAAGAUACAGAAAACCCUUCUGUUAGAAUGCAUCUCCAUGUAUUUUCUCAAGAGAGUUUCAGUUCAGGACGACACUAUUGGGAAGUAAAGGAUCAAUCAACAAAAAAACUGUCAUGGUAUGUUGGUGUGGCCAGAGAAAAUGUUGAGAGAAGAUCUACUGUUCCUUUAACUCCACAGAAUGGUUUUUGGAUUCUUUCUUAUGAUAAAGAAAAAGGUUUCCAUGUCAAUACUGACCCUCAACCACCAAUAACUGUGGCAGAGCUCGCUAGGGUGGGAGUGUUUCUAGACUGUGACAGACACACUCUGUCUUUUUAUAACGUUGAUACAGAGUCACUUCUUUACACUUUUACUGAUGUGAAGACAUCAAACUACUUACCUGUGUUCAGCCCGGGACAACGUGACAGAUUCUCAAUAAGAAUCAUUUGAAUGCAUACCAAAACCCCUUUCACACCACUGAGCCAAGUCGAGCUGUACUACGCUGGCCUGGUUAGUAUAGGGUGGGUCAGCACGAUAGUGUGAAGAGGGUCUGAGAUGCAGGUGAAAUUCAUGUCAAAUGAGACAUGCAUUAUACACAUUUUAUGUUCAGUGAUACCAAGUUGUAAAUGUGUGUAUCUUUUUCCCAAAAAGUUUUCAGACGCCACAAGAAAAAGAGCACUAGUAAUGGCAUCUUUUGGAAGACAGUAACUCCACCAUGGUUCGUUGAACAAACCCUAUUGGAAAAUGAAUGUCGUUUUUGUAGAUUUUUGGGAUAGAAGUUGAAAAUAAGGUCUGUGGUAAACGCAGGCUUAGGAGCUAAUCUUCAUCAGCUAAAGUCACUGAUUUUUUUUAAAGCAUUUAUUUAAUCAGAAAAAACACAAAGGCUUAAUUCAUAACGUUCCUAUUAACUGAUGGAUAUUAUCUCAGAUCAUAAUGUAUAUCAUCUCCUAAGCCUGUGUUAACCUCAGACGUUAUUUUCUGCAUUUAUCCCAAAACUCUAUUCUUUCCCCCUAAGAAUGGCUGAACGAACCAAAACUUACUCAUACAAAUCUUUUACGACUACAAAUUGACGAGUUUUAUAUAAUCAACAAAAAAUAUGUAACUUUUUUUCAACCUGUAGCUAGAUUAUGAAUGUAUUCUGUGAAACUACUGUAGAACAUGUUAGCAAUAUCCUUUGUGUUCUUCAGUUCUGUUAAAAUGUUGUCCCAAUUAAUAAAUUACUGUAAUCUGUU